AUGCCGAAAAUUGUCACUUCAAUUGUACAUAUAGAAAGCUACAUUGAAUUCGAACACUUCUUUAAUCUCAUCCGACCGGAAUCGUUCUUGUACGAUGGACACUUCAUCAUGAUCUACGACAGAGCAGAUGCACAGGAAAUAGAAAAUAUGUUUCAUAAGCUGUGGAAGGCAUAUAUCUACAAUGUAAUUAUACUGACAACAACGAAUCCAAAAUCAUCUAAUUUAGUGUCCGUAUUCACUUACAUGCCGUUUGCUAAUUAUUCGUGUAACAGCACCAAGUCCGUACAAAUUAAUGAAUUUAAUAAAACAUCAAUGAAAUGGACGACGAAUGUCUUCUUUCCGAAAAAGUUUAAGCAAAUGAACCGAUGUCCUAUAAAAUUUGGAUGUUAUGUUGACAGUCCAGGUGUUAUAAUAAAUAGCGGCGAGAAUGGACUGAAAAUAUUUGGUGGAAUGAACAUCGAUAUCACAAUUAUGAUCAGCGAUAUAUUGAACUUCACGUUAAAUGUAUUGGAGUACGAACAGGGGAUGGGCGUAAUUUUUAGCAACAAUUCUGCAACUAAAAUUCUGAAAAAAGUGCUUGACAACGAGGUUGACGUAAUAAUGGGUUCAAUUCAAAAAGCGAGAUUAAGAGUUUUAGAUGCAACCCGUUGGGUCUAUGCUGACAAACUUGUUCUUGUCGUAACUCCAUCACUUUUGAUCGAUCCGAUCCAGAAAAUAUUCCUACCAUUUACGUUCGCCUCAUGGAUUUCCAUUGCUAUGGUGGCACUGCUGGCAUGUUGCAUUAUAAAACUACUGAAAUUUUCUCCGAAGAUUGUUCAUGAUUAUGUGAUCGGAAGCAACGUUAAGGGAAGCAUGUUGAACGUGUGGAAUGUUCUUCUUGGUGGAAAUCAACAAAUGUUACCGCAAAGCAAUUUUCCACGAUUUUUGCUCGUCAAGUUUUUGAUCUUCACAAUGAUCAUGCGAAACUUGUAUCAGGGAGGUGUGUUCGAUAUUUUAAAAAGAGACGUGCGAGGUGUUGAAUUGACAACGGUUGAUGAGUUCAUUGAACAUGAAUUCACUUUCUACGUUUAUCCAUCGUUGGCAGACCGGUUGAAAGGAUCGAAAUUGCUGCAAAGGUUUGUAACAUUUUGUAGAAUAAAUUUUCACUGA